AUGCCGAAGGUUCUGUUGACCGGUGGAAGCGGCUUCAUCGCUGCGCAUAUUGUCGAUACGCUACUGGAACACGGGUUUGACACCGUCGUGACGGUCCGGUCUGAAGAGAAAGGCCAACGAAUUCUGGAGGCUCACCCCGACACGCCCAAGGAGAAACUUUCCUAUGUAAUCGUCAAGGACGUGGCGGCUGAUGGGGCAUUUGACGAGGCUGUGAAAUCCAACCCUCCUUUCGAUUAUGUCCUCCAUACCGCCUCUCCUUUCCAUUACAACAUUUCAGACCCGGUCAAGGACUUCCUAGACCCCGCCAUCAAGGGAACGACCGGAAUACUGAAGGCGAUCAAAGCGUAUGCCCCAACGGUGAAAAGGGUUGUGAUCACGUCGUCAUUUGCAGCCAUCGUCAACGCGAAAGAACAUGCCAAGGUGUACAGCGAAAAGGUCUGGAACCCAGUCACCUGGGAGGAAGCUAUGGACCCUGCUCAGACGUAUCGGGCCAGCAAGACUUUCGCAGAAAAGGCCGCAUGGGACUUCGUGGAGAAGGAAAAGCCGAACUUUGAUGUCGCAACAAUCAACCCACCCCUUGUGCUCGGCCCUGUUGUGCACUAUCUCAACUCUCUCGACGCCAUUAACACGUCGAACAACCGGAUCGCCAACAUGAUCCGCGGCAACUGCAAGGACAAGCUCCCUCCUUCGGGUACCUUCCUUUGGGUGGAUGUGCACGAAGUUGCAUUGGCCCACGUCAGGGCAAUUGAAGUCCCUGAAGCCGGUGGACAACGAUUCUUCCUGACCGCCGGCCUGUAUUCAAACAAGGAAAUCGCCGAUAUCAUUCGUGAUUCAUUCCCAGAGCUUGCCGACAAACUUCCAUCGAAGGAUGAGCCCAGCGAUAUGCCUACCGAUGUUUAUGGCUAUGACAACACGAAAUCCAUUCAGGUCCUGGGCAUCAAGUAUAGAUCUUUGAAGGAGUCUGUUGUGGAGACAGUGAAGUCGCUGUUGACCAUUGGGGCGUGA